AUCAUUAUACAUGUACCGCAUAUGUAUAAUCAAAUUAAUUUUUUUUCAUGUUUUCUUCCUUUUUUUGGAAUAAUUCAUGUAUAAAUCUACUUUUCUUGUUGAUUCUCAGCUAAAUCACGAACUUGCAGCAAUUGUUUCUAAAUUUUACCAUAUAAGUAGAAUCAAUGAAAAAUUGGGGGACAACUUGCAACAGUAAAGACAAAUUGGGGGAGAAAUUAUACGACAGAAGAAUUAGAAAAUCUCGUGAUUUCAUCUAAAUAAGAUAAUUAUCCUGAUUAAACUCCGUUGCCAAGUAAAAAAUCUAAAAAAUACUCUUUUUACAAAUAUUAGCCGACUAUUUUUGGCUACAGAUUUGUAAAUUUAUAACUGGGCUAUUAUGUUGCAAGUCAUAUAUGUGAGUUGUAUUUAUGUGAAAUUAUCCCUAUAGAUUAAGUUUUAUUUGAAACCAAUAUUUUAUGUUAGGUUAUAUGUUCCAAUUCCUAUUAAACCAACCAUUUAUCCUUAAAAAAAAAAAAAGAUUUCUAAUAUAAUCUUGCAGUGAUCAAAGAACUUGGCUGUUCUCUUGAAUCAAAGCUAGGGCUAAUCUCCAUAACUCUUCUUCCCUAGGCCUCACAAACAAGAUACACGCAGAAUACCAUGGAUUUACAAAGCCAGAAUACUUCGUUGCAGCGGCUGCAAAAUGUUGAGAAGAGGAUAGUUAGAGUUCUGGAGCUAGCAGGAGGUGUAAUGGAUGAAAUGGCAAAUCCAAGUGGUCCGAGGAAGGAGCUUAUUAACAACCAUUGCAGUGAGUUUAUGCAACUAAUCAAGGACAUCCAGGUCACACUGCGAGAAGAAAUCAAAAGCGCAUGUGAAUAUCGUCCUUUUGAGAAGUGUGACUAUGUACCAAGAAUAUCAAACGAGAUCUGUUGCAAGAAACUAGAAUAUGUCAUUUCUCAGUUUGAUGAUAUGAAGCGAACAAUUGAUGGUUAUCAUGCUGCAGCGUUAGACCAUAUGACCCUAGAUUAGUGAGUAAUGUAGGAAUAUGUCCCUGUAAUGCUGGAUUUAUAUCUUAUUCCAUCAAAACUUAGGUUCAUUAUCUGCUGUUGAAAUUAUAGGCAUGAAAAAUUGGUGCUCACUUGUUUUUUGUUCAUGUUGCAAAAUUUGCACUAUUUGUUUGAGUACGUUAUCUACUGUAUUUCUUAUUUGAACUUGAA